AUGCCGUCUAAACUGGAUGCGACACGACAAAUUCCCGACAGUGUGUUUGGUGGGUCAUUAUCAGUGAUGGAGGGAGAUUCUGUAACUCUAAACAUUGAUGAUACUAAAAAACAUGACGAUUACAUAUUGUGGAAAUUUGGAGCUGAAGCGUCUCUGAUAGCACAAAUCAGUAAAGAGGAUGGAAUCUUCAGCACAUAUAAUGAUGUUCUUGACGGGAGAUUCAGAGACAGACUGAAGCUGGACAAUCAAACUGGAUCUCUGACCAUCACAAACAUCACAACUGAACAUGCUGGACUCUAUGAACUACAGAUAACUGGAGUGAAACUGCCAUCAAAAACAUUCAGUGUUUCUGUUUAUUCUCUGACGUUUCCAGCUGUCAUCAGCAGAGACUGUUCUUCUUCAUCAUCAUCAUCAUGUUCACUGGUGUGUUCAGUGGUGAAUGUGGGUCAUGUGACUCUCUCCUGGUACAAAGGAAACAGUUUAUUGUCCAGCAUCAGUGUGUCUGAUCUCAGCAUCAGUCUCUCUCUACCUCUGGAGGUGGAAUAUCAGGAUAAAAACACCUACAGCUGUGUGCUCAACAAUCCCAUCAGCAACCAGACUCAACAUCUG